GAAUUUCAUUAUCCACUUUCGAACCCAAUUCGGUUUCAGAGGAUGGCUUCUUCUCCUUCAUCUCUGCUGCUUUCACUUGGUUCCGGUUUUGCCAGAAGUUUGUUUCCUGCUCAUCAAAGCAUUCCUGGAGACAAAAUUCGCAGUCUAAAUAUUCGAUGCUCGAAUUUGGAAGUAGUAGUUAAAUCUUCAAGGACAGGAGAGUAUAGUGAUGGGUUGAUGUUAAAACGCAGGGAAGCAAUUGGUUUGGUUCUUGGAGUUUCCAGUAUAUUCGUAGACUCAUUUGAUGCCAAGGCAGCUGGAUUGCCUCCAGAGGAUAAGCCAAGACUAUGUGAUGAUGCUUGUGAGAAAGAGCUUGAAAAUGUACCUAUGGUAACUACAGAAUCUGGUUUGCAGUAUAAGGAUAUAAAAGUUGGUGAAGGCCCUAGUCCACCAAUUGGUUUUCAGGUGGCUGCAAACUAUGUUGCCAUGGUUCCGUCUGGACAAAUUUUUGACAGUUCCUUGGAGAAAGGUCAGCUUUAUAUUUUUCGGGUUGGCUCUGGUCAGGUGAUCAAAGGACUUGAUGAAGGGAUACUAACAAUGAAAACUGGAGGGAAACGCCGAAUCUACAUUCCAGGACCAUUGGCAUUCCCGAAAGGUCUUACCUCAGCUCCAGGCAGGCCAAGGGUUGCUGCAAACAGUCCAGUUGUUUUCGACGUAAGUUUGGAAUACAUACCAGGCCUGGAAAUAGAUGAAGAGUAAGAGUCAGGAUGAAAGAUGGAUAGGGUUGCAAUCUCCAUUUAUAUUUUCUUGUUGGAUUUUCCUAGUCUCCAAACACAGGAGCUGGAGGAUGAGGUCCCUUAUGUAACCACUUGCCUUGUAUACUUCCAUUAAUUCAUUUCUUCUUUGUUGUAUAAAAACCUUUUCAUGUUAAGAAUAUAUUUGUUCCUACUUAAAAGCA